GUAACACUCCGGCCUCAUGUUGCAAGCUCCCUACACACUGAGCACACACAAACUCACGCAGCGCUGGCCUCGGCAAUCAUACUGAGGACUCUGAUAUCGCAAAGGAGAUGGGAAUGAAUUAUCCCGAGGAAGAGACCAGGUUUCCACCAAAUGUCCUGGAGCUGAUCGAGAAGUUCAACGUGUCCAAAGCUUGCUUCCUGCCACCUCCCAGAUCCAUCAACCUCAUACUGCAGUUUACAUGGCUGGAUAUCAGUAUCUUCGGCACACUGACGGCAAUGACCGUGGUCUCAGUCGUCAUCUAUCUGGAGAACUCGUGUUAUCUAAUGAAGAAGGUGAAGUGUCCUAUUAAGAGGAAGACGUUAGUGUGGAUCAGUGCAGCUCCAACUAUCUUCGCGAUCACUUCCUGCCUCGGUCUCUGGGUCCCUCGAGCUGCGAUGUUUGUGGACAUGGUGGCAGCGAUAUACUUUGCUGUCUGCUAUUACCUGCUGCUGUUGGUGAUCGUGCAGGGGUACGGGGGGGAGGAGGCCAUGUUGGAGGAACUGGAGACAGCGGAGAUCAGGAUCAGUACGGGUCCCUGCUGCUGCUACUGCCCCUGUCUGCCCCACAUCCGCAUGACCAGAAAGAAUUUCAGGAUCUUUGUGCUGGGAGCUUUCCAAGUGGCGUUCCUGAGACCUGCUGUUUUCUUCCUGGGAGUAGUCUUGUGGACCAAUGGCUUGUACGACCCGGAUGAUUGGUCCUCCACCAGCAUCUUCCUGUGGAUUAACCUGUUCCUGGGCGUGUCCACCAUCCUGGGACUCUGGCCGGUCAAUGUCCUCUUCCGGCAUUCCAAGCUCCUCAUGGCUGACCAGAACCUGACAAGCAAGUUUGCGCUGUUCCAGGCAAUCCUGAUCCUGUCGUCGCUGCAGAAUGCCAUUAUCGGAACGUUGUCUGGUGCCGGGCACAUUGGCUGUGCUCCCCCGUACUCUGCCAGGACGAGAGGCCAGUUCAUGAACAACCAGCUGCUGAUUCUGGAGAUGUUCUUUGUCGGUGUCCUCACACGGAUGUCCUACAGGAAGGGGGACGAUCGCCCAGGUUACCGACCGGUGGGUGGAGUUCAGCAGGUCAACAAGGUGGUUUGUGAACAACCCGCCACAGCAGACUAGCAGGCUGAUCACUCCAUAGUCUCCCGUAUGUAA